AUGAAUAUAUUAUUAAUAUCAUUUCAAAUUGAUCGUUCAUUUAAUAAUCUACAAUCAAUUCGUAUUGAUAAUAUUCCCAAAGAUAAACUUAUUUCAUUACUUGUUCAUUUAUCUGAAUUACCUUGUGUUCAUUCAUUAAAUAGCCAAACAACAGAUUCAAUUGAAGAUUUAAGUCAUAUUUAUCAAUUAAUAUUUUCAUUGCCAAAAUUAAAAUCAAAUGAACUUUAUUUAUGUGGUUGUGAAUGUUCAAUAUCAAUUCCAGUAUCAAAUAAUACCAAAAUAAGUCCAAUUGAAUAUCUAAAAAUAGCUCAUUCGUAUACAUUUGAUGAACUUAAUGCAUUAAUAUCUUAUACACCAAAUCUUCGUCAUCUUAAGCUUUCACAUAUAAGUAAAGAUGAGUCAGAUAUAGAAGAUAUGCUACCAGUGAAUUUAAAUAAUCUCAUACAUUUAUCGAUAUUUACAGUUUAUUUGGACUUUAAUAAAGUUGAAUUGUUUUUUGAAAAAAUGAAUUCGAAAUUAAAAAUUUUACAUGUUAUUGCGUAUUCAAAUCGAGAUAUAACUUAUCUUUAUGCUUAUCGUUGGGAAAAAUUAAUCUCACAAAAUUUUCCUCAAUUAAAAAAAUUUUCUUUAUGUUUUCGUGAAUCAGGAUAUGGUCGUAGUUGUCCGAUUUAUGAUGGAGAAAUAAAUCAAUUCAAUUCACCAUUUUGGAUUCAACGAAAUUUGAUUUUCGAUAUAGAAAUUUAUGAAUGCAAUAUUUAUUAUUCUGUUCGUCAAUACAAGUACAGAUGGUAUAAUGAUAUAAAUUCUUCUCAUGAACAUCCGACUAAAUCAACUCAAUUGACAAUCAAAUAUGUUUAUUCUAGUGAGUCUCCUUUUAUUCUAUUCAAUCAAAUUAAACGUAUUUUAAAUGUCACACAAAUUUAUCAUUUAAAUAUUGAACAACAAAUUUCUCAUGAAAGAUUAAUGCAAAUAAUAUAUUUAUUACCUGAUCUUAUCACAAUAAAUUUAUAUUCUUUAGCAUUUUAUCAAGAUAUUUCAGUUUUAAAUCAAGUAUUUCCUACAACAUCUGCAUUAGAACAUGCAAAAAAUAUAAAAUAUGUUUAUUUGGACACAGCGUCUGGUAUUAAAGAUAUUUAUGUCAUUUUGUCCUCAAAUGGAAUAUCCUAG